AUGCACUUUCGAAACUUCGCACUAGCUAUUACGCUUCUCACCGUUGGGGUCCAGGCUGCUCCAACCCCUGGGUUCAUUGGCAUUGAGAAGCGCAGCGAUGCUGCUCCUUGGACUGCCAAGCUAGAUGAGGUCGAGAAGCGCAGUGAUGCUGCUCCCUGGACUGCUAAGCUAGACGAGGUCGAGAAGCGCAGUGAUGCUGCUCCCUGGACCGCCAAGCUAGAUGAGGUCGAGAAGCGCAGUGAUGCUGCUCCUUGGACUGCCAAGCUAGAUGAGAUCGAGAAGCGCAGUGACGCUGCUCCUUGGACUGCCAAGCUAGAUGAGGUCGAGAAGCGCAGUGACGCUGCUCCUUGGACUGCCAAGCUAGAUGAGGUCGAGAAGCGCAGUGAUGCUGCUCCUUGGACUGCCAAGCUAGAUGAGGUCGAGAAGCGCAGUGAUGCUGCUCCCUGGACUGCCAAGCUAGAUGAGGUCGAGAAGCGCAGUGAUGCUGCCCCCUGGACCGCUAAGCUAGAUGAGGUUGAAAGUGAAGCCAGCACCUGA